AUGUUUAUUCGUUUUCAGUUCAUUGGUAGACGAGAUAUCCUGUAUGAAACGUACGUACACGUAAUAUGUAAAAGAAAUAUAUACGAUAUAAAGAAAUAUAAGGAAUCAGACAAGGACAGAUAUAAGGUAAAAAUUAGAAAAUCAGCGCCAUCUCCAGAGUGCCGCAAAAGAAACGUACAAAGAAAGGAUAGAAGAUGGAAAGAGAAGGACAGAGAUAAGAAAUUCCGAGAAUUUGACGUCAUUUCCAAGAACUGCCAAAAUUCUUGGAAAAAUUCCUCGAACGACCUCCUAUCAACUUAUGUUCUCCUAAUACAAAAUCGAAUUUUUGGCCAAAACUUUUGCUCGUUCGACUAUAUGGAAAUUUCCAAGAAUUUGACGUCAUUUCUUGGAAUUCUAAAAAUUCCAAGAACUUGACAUCAUU